AAAAUGUAACGUCGACUAAAAUAUACGUGGUCACUGGAUAUACGUGGCCACAUCAAAUACAUAAUUAUCCCUGACUGUCUUCGAUACGUCAAGUAGGGAUAACGAGGUACACUAUCCGUUAACGAAUCAUGAAAUUUCACGAUUUUUGUCUAAGUCUAACUAAACUAUAAAGUAAUUUCAAUUUUCAAAGUCAAAAUAUGUCUUUUCUCUCGACGUAACUGGCAAAUUUUGUAGAACUUUUCAACUUAUGCCCUGAUGAAGAGCUGUUUAGCCAUGGGAGUGAAUUCAUCGCAAUUGGAAAAAGAAAUUGGCGAAGAGUUUCCUAUAAACGAGAAAUAUUUUGGACUUGUAAAUUUUGGCAACACAUGUUAUUGCAAUUCGGUUCUUCAAGCACUCUACUUUUGUCAGCCAUUUCGAGAUAAAGUUCUUGCAUAUAAACCACAGAAUAAACGGAAAGAGACGUUGCUUACUUGCCUCAGUGACUUGUUUGGAAACAUAUCUUCACAAAAGAGAAAGGUUGGAGUUUUAGCUCCCAAAAAGUUUGUUGCAAGAUUAAGAAAGGAAAAUGAUGUUUUUGAUAACUACAUGCAACAAGAUGCUCAUGAAUUUUUAAAUUAUCUCUUAAAUACAAUUGGAGAUUUAUUGCAAAGUGAAAAGCAAAAAGAAAAAGAAAAGCUUGUACGACAUGGAAGUGUUAGCAGUACAGCCAGUAGCAGAAGCAAUGGGACCAUUAGCUCAUCAAUGGCAAGUAGCAGUAAUGUACCACAGAGUCACGAAGAAACAUGGAUUCAUGAGUUAUUUGAAGGAACUCUAACAAAUGAAACACGCUGUUUGUCUUGUGAAACAGUAAGCAGCAAAGAUGAAUCUUUUUUGGAUCUCUCGGUAGAUGUGGAUCAAAAUACGUCUAUAACUCACUGUCUAAGGGGUUUUUCCUCGACUGAAACAUUGUGUAGCGAACAUAAAUAUUUCUGUGAAAUUUGUAAAAGUAAACAGGAGGCGCAAAAGAGGAUGAGGGUUAAGAAACUUCCGAAAAUAUUGGCGCUGCAUUUGAAACGAUUUAAAUACGUGGAGCAUCUUAAUCGUUAUACCAAGUUGUCUUAUAGAGUUGUUUUCCCGUUGGAAUUACGGCUCUUUAACACUUCGGACGAUGCAUGCAAUCCUCACAGACUUUAUGAUCUCGUCGCUGUUGUCGUACAUUGUGGCAGUGGGCCAAAUCGUGGACAUUAUAUAAGCAUUGUGAAAAGUCAUGAUUUUUGGCUCUUAUUUGACGACGAUCUUGUCGAGAAAAUUGAACCUCAAACAUUUGAAGAAUUUUAUGGUUUAACAAUUGGUGGUCACAAAUCAAGUGAUUCAGGCUAUAUUCUUUUCUACCAGUCCAAAAGCUAGAUUCUUGUUAUGCUCAAUGUUUCUGUGUCAUAAGAGUUCAUUUCUCUCUGAAUUACAUAACUCACAAUGUCUUCAAAUGUCUGACUCUAACUGCAAACUGAUGUAAAAAGUAUGCAUUUUCAUUGUUAAACAAGUAAAGUUGGUUAUUGUAAAUUAGAUGUUGUAAAUAUUUGUUGAUUUAAAAAUUGUUGAUAGUCACAAAGAA